AUGAAUUCACAUAUGCUUGUUCUUCCUCUUAUUCUUCAAAUUUUCAUUGCUCUGUUUUCCUCAAACCCUGCAGUAGCAGCUAACUCAAAACUUUUUAGAGAAUAUAUAGGAGCUGAGGACAAGGGUGUUACGUUUUCAGAUGUACCCAUCAAUUCACAAGUAGAUUUUCACUUCAUCCUCUCCUUUGCUAUUGACUACACAAACUCUUCAAUUCCUUCCCCCACCAAUGGUGAUUUUGGGGUUUACUGGGAUACAGAAAACCUCAGCCCUUCUCAUGUAUUCUCCAUCAAAAGCCAGCAUCCGAAUGUCAAGGUAGCUAUGAGUCUUGGGGGUGAUACGAUAAAUGAUGAGCAUGUAUACUUCAGCCCCAAAACAAUCAAUUCUUGGGUUCGAAAUGCCAUUCAUUCCAUAACAGAGAUAUCAAGAAAGUACAAUUUGGAUGGAAUAGACAUCGACUAUGAACACUUCCAUGCAGAUCCUGACACAUUUGCUGAGUGCAUUGGACGGCUUCUUCUGUUCCUCAAACAAAAUGGGGUGGUGUCGUUUGCAUCAAUAGCACCCUAUAAUGAUGAUUCCGUGCAACCGCAUUACUUGGCCUUGUGGAGUAAGUAUGGGCAUCUAAUAGACUAUGUCAACUUUCAGUUUUACGCUUACCAUAAGGGGACAACUGUUUCUCAAUUUUUGAAAUACUUUCAUGAACAGAGCUCUAACUAUAGAGGUGGUAAGGUCUUAGUAAGCUUUGGUACUGAUGGAAGUGGAGGUUUGUCUCCUCAAAAUGGGUUUUUCAAGGCCUGUCGCAGGCUUAAGCGUCAGGGCAAACUUCAUGGCAUAUUUGUUUGGUCAGCGGAUGACUCCAAGAAAGCUGGUUUCCUCUAUGAGAAGCAGUCACAGACCUUGUUGGCCAGAUCAACAUGAUCUAUCUCAUACAUAGUUUUUUCCCCGUUAGAGAUGAAUAAAACAGAUGUAUUGAAAAUUUAGUUAUAUGUGUAGCAGAGAAAGGUAACUCUAUGACUAGUGAGGUAAGGGAAAUUUCUGAAGGUUCACAUGAUCGGACAAUAGAAGUCAAUGGAAACAAAGGCAAGGCAAUCACAAUGAAGUCCAUCUACUCAACACUAACUUCCCCAAGAAAGAUUUUUGAAAGAGAGAAGACAGAGUUGAAAACGAUUACCAAACCAGUGGCCUACUCCAAAAUAUAACUGAGCAAUUAUUUGCAUGCUAGAUAAUCUAUCAAGAACCAGAAGUUGACAAAAAUAUUUGCUGUAAAAUUCUUCUGAUACCAAACUAUUGCUAGAUUAGAUAGCAACAUUAAGGCUCAGAAGAAUACCUAACAUUUAUCACCAAGAAAUGCAGUGUGAUUACUAUAGCAGACACUUGCAUGCUUCAGAUGCCAACAAUUGAUCAAUUAGCCUGGCUUUCAGCGGUCCCCUGACCCAGGAAUUAGUUUUGGCACUCAUGUAACGAUCAUUCUUCAUACAUUUUGACAUUUGUCAUCAGAGUUCCCAGUUGUUACAUUGGUCAUCU